AGGUGAACUCUGACAUCUUCGCCAUCACCUACGGCUCGCUCGUCACGCAGCUGCUGAGAGACAUCGAGGACGUGGAGGCGGUGAACGCACAGCUCGAGAAGAUGGGCUACAACAUAGGCCUGCGGCUGGUUGACGAGUUCCUCGCCAAGAGCGGGGUUACGGGCUGCCAGGACUUCCGCGAGACCGCGGAGGUCGUCGCCAAGGUCGGCCUCAGGAUGUUCCUCGGCGUGGGCGCCGAGGUGGUGCAGUGGAACGGUGAGAGGACCGCGUGCUCGCUGGUGCUCUCCGAGAAUCCGCUGGCCGACUACGUGGAGCUCCCUGCGCAUCUGACCAACAGGCUG